GCUUUAGUCCUUCUCUUAGUUCCAGACUCCUCUGAGAGUGCUAUUUCCUGGUUCUGAGAAAGAUCAAUUUCUUUUGCUCUCCAGAAAGUACAUGUUCUUUAUUCAUUCUAGUUUCUUUUCAUCUCUAUUAGUAAACUCAUCAAUCUUAGAGUCUUUUGUUUCCAGGUUAAUACUGCUAUUAUUAUUAUUCUAAGGUUAUGUUCAGGCUCAAAUCAAACUGCUACAAUUUUAGAGAAGGGUGGAACAGUCUGUAAUAUAAUCCUUGAGGCUGCCAGCAGAAUAAAUAUAGCACAGUGCACAGAUGGCUAAAGAACAAAUGAUCCAGACAAUCUACACUCACGCUACUUUUGGGCAUCACCUAUUUCCUGUUCUUCUCAGCUCCUCCCCAAGAAAUCUUCAGCAGCACUUCUCUUGUUGUGAUAUUGUCAUUCACCACCAAAUGUUGUCCCUCUGCAAGGUCGCUGAUUCUUUGUUCAUUAGCAAUUCUAGGUCAGCCUGCUGUGAGAAUCUCCUUAGUCAAGAGAAAAUCACAUUCUGUAUCAAUGUCUCCAGACAGCAACCCUUCCCAACCUUUCAGCAAAGCCAAUUGCUGAGAAUCCCUGUCUUUGAUGAUCCUUCGGAGGACCUGUAUAAGUACUUUGAGCAUUGCAGUGAUGCCAUAGAAGACACCAUCCAAAGAGGUGGGAAAUGCUUAGUGUACUGUAAAAAUGGUCGCAGCAGAUCUGCAACUAUCUGCACCGCUUACUUGAUGAAGCAUCAAAAACUCAGGCUGAAGGAUGCCUUUGAGAUUGUGAAGAAUGCCAGGCCAACGGCAGAGCCUAAUGCAGGAUUUUGGUCUCAGCUGCAGAAAUAUGAAGACCAUUUGCAAAGACAGCAGCAAAGAAGUCUUUCUUCAAAUACAAUUUCACAUAAUAAAUACAUUGAUUCAGAUUACAAUGUUGGGAAAUUCCUUUAAAGAGGAGGAUUUAAGAUGCUUCUAGGUAACACUUAGAAUUUAAUAUACUUAAAGAAGCCCUGGGAUCACCUACUUUAUUAUUGCAGUCUUAAGAAACUAGCUGAAAACUUCUGUACAAACCUUUCAAUAAAGCAUAAUUCAAAUCUCUGAAAUCUGCUCAAUUUUAAGUAUAAUUAAAUGCAGCUAUAAUGGGUUGGCCAAAUCUUUUGGAGGGAGAAGUAGUACUUCUGCUUUGAGAACAACUUUGAUAUAAUAAUUAGAUGCAAUCAGCUAGAAACAAGAUCAUGAGUGUUACUUUGUGUGAUUUUGGGUUCCUCAAGAUCAUAGGAAGAAGGAAGGUAGUAGCAAUUUCCCAAAAAUGAUGCCAAGAAAACAGGAUGGGUUUGUCCAUGCAACACCCAGAAGUCAAUAAUGACUUGAUAACUCUUAUCUAUCAUUUAUCCUUUAUUGAAAAAUACUUGAGAAAUCAGAAUUAGCUCCUUCCCAGAUACUGUUUUUAUAAUAUACUCUCAAUCCUUCAGAAUUUUAAGUAGAUAAUUCUGCAAAUUAUCAUAUAUUUAUAAAGUCCCAAAAUAAUGUGACAUAGUACAUUUAGCAAACCAAGAAAGAUGUCAUUUUACAUGAUUAUGUGAUUUAAAUAAUUUUCAUGAUUUUUAAAAAUAUACCAUAAUGUUUAUUAUAAUAUUCAGCACUAAAAUGAUAAACUACUUAAGGGCCUUUCCCCCUGUUGAGCUGAAAUGCCAUUCAUCUAUCUUGAGUGGGCAGAAAACCUUUUUGUGAGAUUUUCUGUCUCACAUGCAAGUCCCUUUCUGAGCCUUCCUCCAAGCUCAUCAGUGUGGGUUACAAAUCCCAAUAGAUUUUGCACAUCUUGAGUAGUGUCAGAAUAGGAGGAAAACACAACAUUAACACCAGUACAGCUAAGACAAUUUAAACUUUUUGACUGAUGAUAAGAUGAUGGCAACACCAGCUAUUGCUAGGGCAUGGUGCUGUGAAUAGACACAAAUGGGAGAGCACACUAAGGUAAAUGUUACAGAGGAAGAGAUGUGUUGGGGCUGUGCCAAAGCAGUAGACAAAGAUGUUUCACAAACUCUGUAAGCAUAAGUGAAGCCCCCACCUCCAUGAAAUAUUAAAGCACUACAUUAUUUGGAACACUUUGCAGCUGCUUCAAGAGCUAUUUCUGGUUGUUUCUGUGUUGAAUGUGCACAUACACAGUAACAGGCAACCAGGGAAGGUUUUUCAACAGCUGUUGCAACCCUUCCAGAGGAUGCAAUGGAUGCUUUAAUACUUGAAGGUGAUAUGGGUUGCACACAUUAGCAUACUUUGCAAAGUGCUCCUUUUAAAAAGUUUGCAUAGCAUUGUUUUGAAUUGGUUUAACAAAUGUAAAUAUGUUUUAAAUUAAAUGUUAAGUGUAAUUUUGGCAGGUGUGAUUGUCUUCGCCUGUUUGAUGUAAAUUUGUGGUUCAUUAACUGUUCUGAAGCUGCAUAACGAUAUCCAUGUUCUCUGUAAUUAAAAAUAGAGAUAAAUAUAUUACAUUUCCCACUUUGUUUAUUAUAAUUGAGCUAGAUAGUAUCAAAUCCAUAGAACACUCCAUAUUGUUAAACUGCAAACAAAUAUGAAACUAAAAAUCAUACAUUCUUUGCAAAUAGUUUAAUGAAAUAGAUGUAGCUGAGUAAAACUAAGCUGUUUUCAAGUUUAAAAUGCAAAUAUAAUGUGGUUGGCUUCCCCACCUUUCCAUCCCUCAUCAUUUAAGGUGGCUAAUAGAAAACAUCUACAUACAUAAAACUAAAUAUGUAAUCAGACAUAUACAGUAAUUAGGCCUGGUUUUGGGUGUAAGCAGUUUAUAUUUUUGGUGAUGAAGAUAAAAGAUGUAACAGAAUUUUAAUUUACAAAGUUUUCAAGACUAGUAUUGACCAGAACGUUAAAAUCUUUUUUGGAUCAUGGGAAAAUAGGCACCCUGACAGUAUCAAAAAGAAAAUGCCUGUGGCAUGCCCCUUCACAAAAUGCCAAAGUGUGGCCAGAGCAAAACAGUUUAUCUAACGGUGAAGUGCUGUGGCUACUCUCAGAAUCUGUCUAGUUCUAUAAUGUUCUUAUAUUCUUAUAUUGGGGAGGGGGCUGGAGAAGGAAUUUAGAAGUGACAAAAGCAGUGGGCUGAGUCCCUGUUUUCAUUUUCUGAGAAUAUUUAUGGAGCUUAUGUGGAAUCUAAAAGUAUUUUUGGGAAGCAGUGUGAUUGGUAUUUGAAUAUAGAUCUUUUAUGUACACAUUUAGAUUUUAUUGUGUUUUACUAAUCAAGGUGAAAUGUUAAUAUAUAUUAUUAGUCCAUGUAUGAUAUACCACAUGGUAAGUAAGUAAGUAAGUAAGUAAGUAAGUAAGUAAGUAAGUAAGUGUGCUUGUGAAGGCCAAUGCUUUUUCUAUGCAGUUUACCAGUUUCCCCCCCGAUUUUGUUUAAAACUAAAAUCUUUUAGUUGUGGAUAAAAGGAAGGAUACCAAGAAUACACUGUGUGUAUUGUGUUGAUUUGUGAUAUGUGAAAUAGCUUGAAUCUCCAGAAGAGAAGAAACAAAUGGCUCUAAACGUUCAAAUGAAAUAUUAAGUCUGAUCAUCUAAAAGACUGUCUCCUCUUAGCACAGCAUUGGGAAACUUCAUGGGGGAAUUUUUUGUGUUCUCAAGGAGUGUGCAAAAGUCUGUAUUAUUCAGGGCUUAGCUGCUCCCACCUGCUUUACCCCAUGAGUAUCAACAGUCUUCUUGAUGAAUGUAUCUUUUCUUUUAUGU